AUGAGUUAAAACUAAAUACCUAAGAAAAAUAUUUGGUAUUCAAAAUAUUUAUGUUGUGAUAGAUUGAGGGAAUAAUUCAAUAUGGGCAAGAAUUUUCGAUUUAAAAUAAAUUUUACAGUUCAAAUUUUCUAAGUUUUUCUCAAGAAGUCGUGA